UGUCUAAAAGGGGUCUGAAGCGAACGGAACCUUUUGUUCUCCUCAGGCGGAACCAGCUGUCGGUUGGUGUUAUAUCUGGUGGGAACACUUUCUUGGUAACACCGGAAUCGCUCUUGGCGGCGACUGCUGGGGGAUCAUGCCUAAGUUUUACUGUGACUACUGUGAUACCUACCUGACACAUGAUUCGCCGUCGGUGAGGAAGACCCACUGCAGUGGCAGAAAGCACAAAGAGAAUGUGAAAGACUACUAUCAGAAGUGGAUGGAGGAGCAGGCUCAGAGCCUGAUCGAUAAAACAACGGCUGCUUUUCAACAGGGGAAGAUUCCCCCCACGCCGUUCCCUGGUGGUCCUCCCCCAGGUGGUCCUCCUCGACCAGGCAUGCUACCUACACCCCCGAUGGGAGGUCCCCCCAUGAUGCCCAUGAUGGGGCCUCCUCCACAUGGAAUGAUGCCGGGCGGACCCGGAGGCAUGAGGCCGCCGAUGGGAGGACCCAUGCAGAUGAUGCCAGGACCACCACACAUGAUGCGUCACCCUCGACCCAUGAUGAUGCCAGUAGUCAGGCCGGGCAUGAUGCGACCAGACAGAUAAGAGCGAGCCGAGGAGUUACUCCUUUCUUUGUUGCCAUGAACAGCCGCUGUCUAGUGAGGACACUCGGUUUCACUCUUGGAUUUAUAAUUACGACUUUUUAAGAAUCUCAGAUUUCCAAUUUUCUCCACCCUGACCCACAGAUCCCUGUUAUGUCAUUCAUUUACUUUUUUUUUACUGGAACUGUAUUUAUUACAUGUCACCUAUGUAGACUGAACGUCAUUUUCCUGGUAUAAAAGCCCUUUUUUAAUGAAACGUCCUCUCCUAUGUUGGUGUUAAGAUCUAAACAUGGCGCCUCACUUCGACAAACUGUUCAGCACGCACUUUUAGAGCGUGUUUGAUUUGACCAAUUGUUUCCUUAUUUUUUGCUUUGUUUUUAGGUUUUUACAUAUUUGGUUGUAUUUCUUUGCUUUGAUAAAUAAAAGCUUGAUCUCAAAAACCAA